AUGGCCGGGCGGCGCGUGACGCGCAAGUGGGAGGUGUUCGCGGGGCGCAACCGCUUCUGGUGCGACGGGCGGCUGAUGACGGCGCCGCAGCCGGGCGUGUUCGCGCUGACGCUGGCGCUGAUCUGCGGCACGUGCGCGCUGCACUUCGCGUUCGACUGCCCGUUCCUGGCGGCGCGCGUGUCGGGCGCGGUGCCGGCGCUGGGCGCGGCGCUGUGCGGCGCCACGCUGGCGGCGCUGCUGCGCACGGCGCUGUCCGACCCCGGCAUCAUCCCGCGCGCGGCGCCGGCCGAGGCGGCGGCGCUGCAGCAGCUGCAGCAGCCGCAGCAGCUGCUGCAGGCCGAGCCCGACGCCGGCCGCCCGCCGCCGCGCGCGCGCGAGGUGCUGGUGCGCGGCCGCCCCGUCAAGCUCAAGUACUGCUUCACCUGCAAGAUGUUCCGCCCGCCGCGCGCCUCGCACUGCUCGCUCUGCGACAACUGCGUCGACCGCUUCGACCACCACUGCCCCUGGGUGGGCAACUGCGUGGGCAAGCGCAACUACCGCUACUUCUACCUGUUCGUGGUGUCGCUGUCGUUCCUGGCGGUGUUCGUGUUCGCGUGCGCGGUGACGCACCUGGCGCUGCUGGCGCGCGGGGAGGGGGGCGAGGCCCGGGGGCUGGCGGCCGCGCUGCGCGCCUCGCCCGCCUCCGCGCUGGUGGCCGCCGUCUGCUUCCUGUCCGUGUGGUCGGUGCUGGGGCUCGCCGGCUUCCACACCUACCUCGCCUCCACCGACCAGACCACCAACGAGGACAUCAAGGGCUCGUUCUCGAGCCGCGGCGGGGCGUCCAACCCCAACCCGUACUCGCGCGGCAACGCGUGCGCCAACUGCUGGUACGUGCUGUGCGGCCCGCUCGCGCCCAGCCUCAUCGACCGGCGCGGGCUGGUGUGUGCGGAGGGCGGCGAGCUGCCGGCCGCCUUCGCGCAGGCGCUGGCCGCGCCGCGCGCGCCCCCCGCACCCCCCGCACCCGCCGCGCUCCCCCCACACGCUCCCCCCGCACACGCCGCACCCCCCACGGUCGUGUCGCCCCCUACGCCUCAAGCAGCCAGUUUCGGCACUGUAUCGCUUGAUGGUGAGCCGCGACACGCCUACAUGAACCACAGCCUCGACCUCGACCCCGUGCCGUUGCAAGAAGUGUGCAUCGGGGGUGGUCGCGGGGUUAGCGGCGUGGGCGGGGGAGGGGGAGGGGGUGCGCUGAGUGCGUCGCGGCUGCGGCUGCUGCACGACACCACCAUGAUCGACGCCGCGCUCGACCUCGACGAGCCGGACGUGCCCUCCCACCUACCCCACCUCCCGCACCUGCCCCCCCACCUGCCCCACCACGUGCCCCGCCUGCCCCGCGUCCCCGUGCACAGCUCACCCGUGCCCGCGCUAUGA